AUGCAGUUCAUUUAUCACAUACUUCUACUCGUUGUUUGUGUUGGUACUUUUGUUGAUUGUAAAGGUGGACGUGGUGGUGGUGGUGGUGGUCGUGGUUCUAUUGGAGGUCGUGCGCGAUAUGGUGGUGCUGGGUAUGCUGCUGCUGGAUAUAGCGGUGCUCGAUAUAGUGGUAGCCAUCAAAAGGAAAGUAAAUCAUGUAAUACUGAUCAAUGUCAAUCAGAGAGGGCUAUAUUUGGUAUUAUUUUCUGUGUUGGAGCACCAAGUAUUAUAUUUGUGUUGAUCGUCUUAUGCAUCCUGUGCUGUAAAUCAGAUGGCCGUACAAAUGAAAAAAUCGACCAGCAUACAAAUACAACUAAAUAUAAAGGCAAUUGUGAAUCUAACCUUCAAGUUAAUAAAAAACCAUUGGCAAUUGCAAGUAAUAAUGAUGGCACAUUUAAUGUUAAUACCUCUUAUACAAACUCAUUAAAUAAUUAUGUAACACAUGAAGAUUAUUUAUAUUUAUUAUCGAUAAUAAAUCCACAAUUAAAACAAUUAAUGAUCUAUAUAAUCAUAAUCUCAAUAUUGAGUCGUGACUUUUUUAAAACUAAAAUGGAAAAUAUACGUAGCAAUGUAGCAUUAUUUGUAAGAACAUUUCCAACUCGAAGAAUUGCUUCUAAUACAACAAUGUAUUCGAUGUGGAACAUAGAAUUUGGUAAUAUUUCAAGAUUCAUAUUAAUUGUAGAACCUACUUCAGUAUGUCAAAAAAAUGAUAUAAAUUCAACAACAUCCACUAUUCCCGAAAUGAUAGAUCGAACAAAUAAUCCGUCUGAAUCAAUACAUUACAAUCCACAAUUAAAUACAAUAAUAACUCUUGAAGCUAAUAAAUAG